UUAUAGCGAAAAUACCCAUGGCCAACUGAGCCAAGUAACAGGAUUUGCCUGGUACCCUUGGUUCCAUUGUAGAGAAAGCCAGGUCAAAACCACUUUACAGAAAGAUUUUGUAGGAAAUGUUAAUAGAAGCACUAUAUUUGUCAGUGGAUCCAUACAUGAGACCUUUUGUAUCAGAUAGAGCUAAAGUUGGAGAUACAAUGAUUGGUGAGCAGAUUGCCAGAGUGAUAGAAAGUAAAAACAGUCAGAAUCCAGUUGGAACAAUAGUACGUACCCAUGCAGGAUGGAGAACACAUACAGUCACUUCAAAACUGACUCGUCAUAUGCCUGAGCUUGGAGAUCUUCCAUUAUCCACAGCUCUUGGUGUGGUGGGAAUGCCUGGGAUGGCAGGAUAUUUUGGUUUUCUUGAAUUGUGUAAACCAUCAGAGGGAGAAACAGUUUUGGUAAACACUGCUUCUGGUGCAGUUGGCAGUGUGGUGGGACAGAUUGCUAAGAUCAAGAAAUGUAAAGUGAUAGGUUUUGCAGGGACAGAGGAGAAAUGUCAGUGGUUAAGGGAUAUAGGAUUUGAUUAUGCGUACAAUUAUAAAACCGUAAAGUUAGAUGAAGCAUUGAAAGAAGCUGCACCAGAAGGAAUAGAUUGUUAUUUUGAUAAUGUAGGAGGAGAGUUUACAACGACAGUCCUAGAACAUAUGAAAACAUUUGGGAGAAUUUCAGUUUGUGGUACCAUCUCAGGGUAUAAUGCAACAGAACAACCAAAAGGAAUUUCACCAUUCCCAACAAUCCUCUUCAAACAGUUGUCUGUGCAGGGUUUUAUUAUUUCUGGUAAAUGGUUGGACAGAUACCCUGAAGGAGAAAAACAAAUGGCACAAUGGAUUAAAGAGGGUAAAAUGAAGUACAGAGAAACAGUAACAGAGGGUAUAGAGAAUAUGUAUUCGGCAUUCCAAGGACUUUUUAAAGGAACAAAUAUUGGAAAAGCAAUAAUCAAAUGUUAAUACAUGUAUCAUAUAUAGUAUAAAAAGUACUAUUUAAGUAUUAAAUACCAUUGAUCAUUUUAUAUCAGCUUAAAAACAAUGUUUGCUCCAUGUUGCUAUCAGAAAUUCUUUUCUUUAAUAAGGGGGGAAUUGAUAUUUAAAUAAAAAGAAAUUGAAAAGGCUUGGUAACAAAUUUCAAAUUAGUACAUUCAAUGCAUCAUGAUGCUAAAAGCAUUAAUUAUGAAAUCAUGUAAGUUUUACUUGACUAGUUAAUGAGUUCAAUUAACUUGAGAAUAUAAAAGUUUACUUUAGAAGACAUUUUAUAAUUGUGUCUAGGGUAAGGAAGGUCAAUUAAAAUGAAUGUGCUAUAUUAAGUUCAAGUAAAGAUAAAAGAUGUUGGUCUUAUUGUAAACAAAUUAAACAUAUCAUUGCUUGAGACUUGAAGCAAAUUUAAAUGAGUAUAUUACAUCAAAAGCUUCAGAAUAUAUAAAGUGCUUGUUAUAAAAUUAAGUGAAAUUAAAAUACUCAGACUAUUAAUGUUUAUUUGUUUGAUUGUAUAUAAAGCCAAGUUUUGUGUUUUGUCGCUAAACCAAAUUGUUUCUUAAUGACUGAAAAAAAAGUGUCAGAGUAAAUCCCAGUUCUCAUAUGACAAACUCUUACUAAAAAACUGUACUUUAAUUGUGUUUUGAAUAAUCAUUGCCUUGAAUAUAUCUUACAUCAACUCCAAUGAAUCAAUUAUUUUUUAAAGCAAUUGCUAUGAUCAUAUUAAUGAUAGUCAACCACAGAAGUGCUGACUAAUGGGCUAGUGAUACCCUCAAGGGGGAAUCUUCCACCAGGAAUGGAAAAGAGACUUUAAUAUUUUGACUCAGAAACUGCUAGGCCUAUUAGAAACAAACUUGACAUCAUGUAAAUGUAUCUCAAAUUUAAGUUUAAGCUAAGCCUUAACUUUUAGUUCUGAAUUUUAAAACCUAUUCCUCUUGUAUAUUGUAAAUUGGGAUUGGCUCAAAAUGGAACUGAAGCUGAAUUUUUUAGUUAAUAAUUCAUUGGUAGAUAUUGUUUGAAGUAUAGGGUAUCAAAAGUUUAUUUAUAUAUAAUUGCUUUCCAUUAACAGGAAAAUAAUUAAAAGAAUUUAUGGGUGUAAUAGUUACUGUUGUUUUGAAUUAAAAAGUAACAGUUGUUUUGUAAUUACAAGGCAAAAGAGUAAUUUCCCUUUUUAACGAUCUUUAAACUACCUUAAAAAAAAUUAAAAGGUGGAAACUGGAAACAGCAGCAAAAAUUAUCAGCAAUGCAAGAUCUACAAAAAUGUCAAUCUGGCCAAAACAAUUGGAUGACUCAUGCAGGAGUAAUUGCCCUUUAAUCACAUUUUCCUUUGAGGCACCUAGGAGUUUAAACAACAUAAUCUUCAACACUAACCUUUGUGUCAAUGGAUGUGACCAAUAGUAUCUAACUAGUGCAUUAAAGGAAUUUAAAAAUUUCACCUGAUUAAAAAAUUCUUUCUCUGACAUGCUGAUCUGACCAAAUUUUUAUUUUACUUUGAGCUUUACUCAAGUUUUCUUUUCGUCGAGCCUUCAACUUUUGUCAAAAAGCGAUACAUAGCGAUCCUACAUUCAGUUGGCAAUGGCGUCCACAAAAAAUCACUCUGUGGUUAAAGUUUUUGAAAUUUUAAUUACUUUCUGAACCUAGCCUGGAUUUGUACCAAACUUGGACAGAAGCUGGUUUAUGACCUAAAGCUAGUACCUGGAAGGAAAUUUUGAUAAAAUGUUGUACCUGUUUUUCCCUAUUAUCUUAUAAAUGGAUGUUUACCAAACUUGGACAGAAGAUUCUUACAAUCAAAAGAUAGUACGGAGAGGAAUAUUUUAAUCAAUUGUUUUCCUAAUUUUUGUUGAACCUGUGAUUAGCAGCAAAAUUAGGUGAGACACUGGGUUCCCAGGAACCUUUACAUUUUUUUUAUUUUACAGGGUAAAUGUUGUUGUUU